AUGGCUGACGAGGGCUCCAGUGGAACCGGAUUCAAACGAGAGGUUUUCUCUUCAUACACGAAGACAGAACUAAUAGAUCACAUACAGCAGCAGUCAGAAGCACUAGAGAGAUACGAGGCUAGGUUUAGAGACGUGGUGAGGGCAUACAAAGGAAUAUUGAAAGAAAAAGAAGCUUUAGAGACAACUCUACAAGCACUCAGUGCCUCUCGUCUCACCCCAACAAAGGACAGACUCCGUGAAACCUCUAGACUGACACCAACACACGAGAGGUCACAUGAUCCGUCAGACAGGUCACGUGACGUCACUGAGAGCGAAGGUGAGAAAAGUGAGACGGAAAGUGGAGCUCAAGAAUCAGCAGCAUUGGAAGAAAAUGAUUCUGAAUCACAAGUAGAGGGUGUGGCCGAUCAGGUGACUAAACUCAUGCAGUCACUUAGUGUUCUCACUGAAGAGAAAUCAAAAAUGGAGUCGUCUUUCCAACAAGACAAGAAACGAUUAUUGUCUGAAUUAGAAUCAAUGGCCGCUCAACAUUCGAGUGAGAAGGAUCAGCUACUGGAUAAAAUGGAGACAUUACAGCAAAGACUGGAAGAGAGUGUAUCGAGACAGACCGAGGGAGAGAGAGAGAGGAAGAGGGAGGAGACGGAACACGGGGAAAUGCUUAAGGAUGCUAAUAUUCAAAUCCAGACGUUACAUAGACAGGAUAGAACAAAAGAAUAUCAGGAGAAGAUUCAAAGUCUUUCUGAAGAACUUGAAGACGUUCGAGGACGUUUAUUGGAAUCAGAAAAACAAGCAGCUCAACCUCAACCACUCCUGAUCCGCCUACAAGAAGACAUCAAAGCAAUGAAGGUGGAACACGAGUUGUCUUUGAGUGAGGAGCAGAAGAGAGCAAUAAUGUUCACGCUAAUAAUGAGCUAA